CUAAAAUUUAAUGAUUAAAUUAAUGCUGUGUUUUUGUGCUGUAUGUCUUUUAUCGUCGUUUGUAACCUCAGCCGAAAAUGACACGAAAAUUAUGCCCAGUCCCAAUCUGGGGGUAACGACGCCAUCCCACACAACCCAGCAGACGACUUCCGGUUUUAAACUGGCCUUCACCAGUUAUGCAGCUUCAACGUCAAGUUCAUCGGCCAAAUUUAGUAAUAACUCGCGUGGGGCCGAUGAAAACAGAGAUGUGAAAAAAUCAAGACAAAAUAUAUCUCUACCUUGUUUAAAUUGGUGCAGAUUUUCUGAUGUCAGCCUUGAUGAGUGUUGGAACCAGUCAUUAAAAUAUCACACCAAUCAGUUAAAAAUCUCAAUCGCUAAUUUUUAUAGCGCUUUACUACACGUCAACAGAUGGAAAGUUGCAAACGAAGAUGACAGCAAAGACAGCAACAACAAAGAAAUUAUAGGCUUUGAAAGAGCAAUAGUGGAGGAAAUAUUAAACGCAUAUCACUACAUUCCUAACAACCCGGACGUUGACCAACUCAUUCACGACGACGAGGAAGUGAUAGUUAAUGAGACGACGACGAAACACAUAUUCAAUAUUAUUCUAGAUGAGUACAACCAACGAAAACAUCAUUACGAAGAGGAUGAAACGGGCAGAGAACCAAUGACAUUGCCCUCCCUUCCCUGUCCAAUCACGUGCGAGUAUUACCCCAAAAUCUGGGUCACCUUGACCUUUGUGACGUCAUUGUCUUUCAUCUUGUUGACGACUAUCGUGUUUGUUUACUUCUUUUAUGAUGUCUGGCUGCCUAUGCGGAAGAGAUUCAGACCAGUUUCUCUUAUUGGCUGAAUUAGAUAAUUUGUUGAAUUCUGAUUGGUAGUUGAUUAAAAUCUCGGCUUCUGAUUGGCUCGCUGGGUUCGUUGAUGUUUUACAAGUUGAAAUGUG